AUGACGACAAAUCCUUUGUGGGAUGAAAUUCAGAAAAUGAUGGCUUUUCUUCCCGGCUGUAAGUCUGAGAAUUAUCCAGAUAUAAUUUCAAGAGUAUUUCGUUUAAAACUUGAUCAGCUGACAGCAGUCAUAAAGAAGAAAGCAUAUUUUGGUGUUUGCGUUGGAGUGAUGUAUGUUGUAGAGUUUCAAAAGCGGGGUCUUCCACACGUCCAUAUGCUCAUAUGGCUUGAUAGUAAAUCAAAGAUUUAUCUUAAGAAUAAUGUAGACCAAUUUGUUUCUGCUGAGAUCCCUGAUCCUGUGAAAGAUCCUGUUGGAUAUGCUGCCGUGAAAGCUUUCAUGAUUCAUGGUCCCUGUGGAUUGCAAAACACCAAUUCACCUUGCAUGAAAGCUCCACAUAUUAUUUCUAAUACGCAUGCUUUUCUAAAAAGGUACUCUGCACGCACUAUGUUUGAUGAAAGUGGUUUUCCCAUAUAUAGAAGAAGACGCCAGGAUAAAACUGUUAAAGUUAGAAAUGCGGAGUUGGACAACCAAUGGGUAGUUCCUUAUAAUCGCGAUUUAUUGGUCAAGUACCAAUGUCAUAUGAACAUCGAGAUUUGUUGCCAUGCUCGGAGUUUGAAAUAUCUUUUUAAGUACUGUUUAAAGAGCCACGAUACUGCUACUGUUCAUGUCACUGGCCGUAAGAAAAUGACAUCAAACAAAAAUCCUGGUGAACCUAUAGAUGAAAUAGAUGCCUAUUUUGAUGGUCGGUACAUAUGUGGCGCAGAGUCGGCUUAUAGGAUUUUUGGGUUUCCUAUACACCAUCGUACUAUAUCUGUUGAGCGGUUACCAUUCCACUUACCAGGACAGAAGAAUUGCACAUUUCGCUCUAAUCAGCCAUUAGAUAAAGUUUCCGAACGGGAGAAGGACCGAAUGAGCAAGUUGGAAGCUUUUUUUCAUUUGUGUGCCAACAAUGUAUCUGCUCGACAAUACACAUACCAGGAAGUACAUGAGCAUUUUGUUUGGGAUGAUGGCCAAAGAGAAUGGGGAGGUAGGAAAAGAGGGUACCAAAUUGGAAGACUUUCUUACACACAUCACAGUAGCGGUGAAGUGUGGUUUAUGAGGUUGCUGCUGACUAAAGUUAAAGGACCAACUUCUUUUGCCGCUCUAAGGACUGUUAAUGGUGUUUGCUAUGAUACUUUUCAUGAUGCUUGCAAAGAAUAUGGUUUGCUUGAUGACGACAAAGAGUGGCAUGAAGUUCUGGACCAGUGUUCUUCUGGAGGCUUACCUCCUCAAAUUCGACAACUCUUUGUUCACAUAAUCGUUAACUGCAAGGUGACAAAUUUGUCUUUGUUGUGGAGUAAGCACUGGCAGCAGAUGGUGGAUGAUAUUGUUUUAAAGAGGAGGCGCUUAAACAAGGAUGACAGCCUAAUGCUUGAUGACCAGCAACUGCAAUACUAUGCUCUUGCAGAAAUUGAUAAUCUGCUAAGAUCUAUUGGGAAAUCUUUGAAGAAUUAUUCUCAACUUCCCCAACCACCAGAAAACUAUCUCAAUCAUGGAACCAAUAACUUGAUUUUAGAAGAAACCAACUACAAUACAAUAGAAAUGGAAGCUGAGUACAAAACGUUGGAGGCGACAAUGAAUGACGAACAAUUGAAUGUCUAUAAUUCAAUCUUAGACUCUGUUGGGAAGAAUAAAGGUGGUCUUUUUUUUGUCCAUGGCAGUGGUGGUUGCGGGAAGACCUUCCUCUGGAGAACUUUAAUUUCGAAGUUAAGAUCUCAAGCUGACAUUGUUCUACCAGCUGCCUCUUCUGGGAUUGCUGCAACGCUCAUGCCCGGAGGUCGAACUACUCAUUCGAGAUUCAAAAUCCCUAUUGUGCUUGAUGAAUUUUCAGUCUGUGGUAUAGGGAAUAAAUCAGACAUUGCAGAACUUAUUAGGCAUACGAAGCUGAUUAUCUGGGAUGAAGCUCCAAUGCAACAUAGGUUUGCAUUUGAAUGUUUAGAUCGUUCUCUCCGGGAUAUAACGAGGUCUUCUGAUGAGUCGCGGUCUAAUCUACCAUUUGGAGGAAUCACAAUGGUUCUUGGAGGCGAUUUUCGCCAAAUCCUCCCAGUCAUACCUCAUGCAGACAGAGCUGUUAUUUUGGAAGCAUGUAUAACAAGAUCACGUCUUUGGAAUAUAUGUCAGAUUUUUAUAUUGAAAAAGAACAUGAGGCUGAACAAAGGUACGUCUCCUUCUGAAAUUGAAGAGUUGAAUAAAUUUGCGAAAUGGGUGCUUGCUGUAGGAGAUGGGAAGGUAGAAAACCAUCAAACUGGAGAGAAUUUGGUUGAGGAUGAAAUAGAAGUUCCACUCCAAUUUUGUGAUUUGGAGAAUGAUAACUCUGUAGAAAACAUGAUUACCAACAUUUCUCCAGAUUUUGUUAAGAAUGCGAAGGAUCCAGAGUACCUCAGUCAGCGAGCUAUUCUUACACCAACUAACCAAACAGUUGGUCACCUAAACUCUCUUAUUGUAGAGAUGAUCCCUGGUGAAUCAACAACUUAUUACAGCGUAGAUAGUGCUGAGGACUUUGGAGGCACUGAUGAAGAUUUACAUUCUGCCUUCCCUAUUGAAUAUCUCAAUUCUCUCAACAUACCCGGUUUGCCUGCUCAUGAUUUGAAGUUGAAACCCGGUGUUGUUGUUAUGCUCAUGCGAAAUCUCAAUCAAACACUUGGUCUCUGCAAUGGCACAAGAAUGAUUGUGACCAAGUGUUUGAAAUUUUGUGUUGAGUGUGAGGUCAUUUCUGGAUCUUUUAUUGGCACAAGACAAUUUAUUCCACGAAUGGAAUUAUGUCCCAGUGACUCUGCACUGCCAUUCAAACUGGUAAGGAAACAAAUGCCCCUUCAAAUUUGCUACGCGAUGACAAUAAAUAAAUCUCAGGGACAAUCUUUGCAGACAGUUGGCCUUUUCCUACCGAAGCCUGUAUUUACGCACGGCCAGUUCUAUGUUGCAAUUAGUCGUGUCACCUCUCCUGCAGGUUUGAAGGUGUUUAUUGACGAUGAUCGUGGAUUUCCAACAAACAUUACGAAGAAUGUUGUUUACAAGGAAGUUUUCUACGCUCAGCCUAAGUAG